GCCAACAAUAUUUAGCCCCCAACCCACAAUAUAUAUAUUUGUGCUCUCUCUUUAAAGAGUGGCAUUGUUCUCUGGAUUCUUCCCAUUUUGGGUGCUAUGGGGUCAAUGUUUGGUGAAUGGCCCUCAAUUGACCCUCACAAUUUCAGCCAGCUUCGCCCUUCUGAUCCCUCAACUCCUUCUAGAAUGACACCCGUGACUUAUCGCCCUACUCAUGAUAGGACUCUUCCUCCACCAAAUCAAGUUAUUAGUUCAGAAGCCAAAAAUAUACUUCUGAGACACCUAGAGCAGCGUGCUGAAGAGAAGUUGAGACCAAAGCGAGCUGCGGCUGAAAAUCUGGCACCCGAGCAUGGGUCGAAGCAUCUUAAGGUAUCCAACUGAGAUGCUUUUCUUUUUGGUGCUACCCCCGGGCGGGAAGAAGAUGAGGUAAUGCGAAACAGGACGAUACACAACUUGGUUUUAGAAGAGUAACUAACUUCUAAAUAGGUUAAAAUCUUCUGGUUUUCUGCAUAUUUCUGUAAAUAUUGCUGUAAUGAUGCAGAUGCAUGUUGUUGUAAAACUAUGAAGAGCUUGUUUAUCACUAGUCAUAUAGCAAAUGAGAUGUACACUAGAGAAAAUGUUGUUGGAUGAGAUUUCUCUGCAUGAGUAUUGAUAAAUGUUUCAUGCUGAGGGUUUAUCGGAAA